CAGUUUCUUUAACCGGAAAUGAACUCGUCUCAAUCAUUUCCUAGAACAUUUUAAAUUGCUAAACUGCACGCAUUUCCCUUUUACACAAUUUCACAAUUACAAAAGAGGCCAAUUAUUAUCUACUCUAAUAGUAAAAUUCAUUUCAAUUUAUAUUAGAAUUCAUGCGGUUCAAAACGUAUUGAACGUGUGUUAACCGCGUUGUCCUCCAUUUUGGGGUAACGUUACAUACAGGUUUUACGAGUUCUUUGUUCAUUUGGAGUCAGAUGACGGGGGGGGGGAUAUAAUAUUUAGCUAUAUAUUUUAAUGUUGUUCAUAAGCCGCUUGACAAGUAAUAAUGCGUUUUAACAAUUGGUUUAAGCGUCACCCGUUACUUUCAGUAGUUGCCAGGGGCAACGCUGAUCGUAAACUCACUUCCGCCAAUCACGGAACGAGAUAUCACGAAGGAGCCAAUCAGAGGACUCGUUGCUAGAUUGAAAGACGCGUCCGCUCCAAAGACAAACGCCGAGAUUGAGCCGGGUAAACAUGGAGCUGACCGGCAGCCCGGGCCCAAUGGACUCUGAUGGAUUAGUUCGCUCGGGUCACAGUGGAUUCUGAUCGCGGCCCGAAUGUUGUGAGAGAAUGAAAACCCGGGAUUCACCUCCGCCGCAGCCGGUUCACGUGCACGUACCGGAGACCACACCUGUGCACGUUCACAUGAAGAGGAGUCCCAGCAAGACCCGUCAGAACCAGACCAAAGAGGGCCAGGUGAGGGGGGGUGAGGGGAGGCCGAAGGUGAGGACCCCGUGGAUCCCUCCAGGAAGGCCGUCCUGCAGAAGAGACUCGUACCAGUCUCAGAGAAGCAGGGCGGAGCAUCGCUCAGGAGGCGGAGUCAGACAUCAGCGUGAUGAGGAGGAGGAGGAGGAGGAGGAUGAAGAGCUCGCUGCAGUGUCCAAGAACCUCAGCGUCCUCCUCAGGGAGCAAGAGAGCAAGAAGGCAGAUUCUGGGGGGCGAGCCCGAGGGACGGACGUCCUCCUGAGGGCUCUGGUAGAAGCAGAGAUCGACGGCGUAGCUGUAGCCAAUCAGCUGACGGCCCUGAAGGAGGCCAUCGACAGCCUCUCCAGGAACAAGCGGCUGUCGAAGGCGGACCCGGCCUCGCUGGGGCGACAGCGAGAGCUUCUGAUGGAGAAGAUCGAGAUGUUCGACAACACCAACCACAGCCUGCGAGAGCUCCUCAGGGAGCGCAGCGGGAACGAGAGGGAGUCCCUGGUGUGGGCCGAGCAGAAAGACGCCCUCAGGCAGAGGUUGAGCGCCUGCGAAGCAGAGAACGUCAGACUCUCGGCUAAACUCACCAACAAGGAGAGAGAGGCCUCUCAGCUCGCCCUGCACUUGGACUUUGAAAAGGACAACGUGAAGACGACGGGGGACUUCUCGAGGCUCCUGCAGACGACUCGCUGCCAUCUGGAGUCGGAGCUGAAGCGAAGGGAAGCAGAGACGCUCCAGCUGGCCGCUCAGAUCCAGAGGAUGCAGCAGAGCCACGAGCAGCAGGAGGAGGAGCUGCACACUCUGCAGGAGGAGCUGCACACUCUGAGGCAGCGGGGGGAGCAGGAGGAGGCCGAGGAGGAGGGGGGGGCGCGUCGGGACCAGGAGGCGCUGACCCUGCUGACCCAGCGGGCCGAGAGGGCCGAGGAGUCCGCCGGGCAGCUCGCCGCAAACCUGCAGGAGAAGGAGUCCCAGCUGGCUCAGACUCUGUGUGCGUCCAGCGACUGGCGCCGGCGCCACGCCAAGGAGGCGGCGGCUAGAGGGCGGCUGGACGAGGACGUCUGUGCUCUGAAGCUCCGGCUGACGGAGCUGACCUCUGACCUCCACUCAGCGGAGGAGAGGAGUCGGGCGGAGCGGGAGGAGCUCAGCUCGUCCCUCCAUCACCUCAGCGCCGAACACGCCUCCACCCAGAUGGACAACCGACGCCUGGGGGGUCAGCUGACGGCGGCGGAGCAGAAGCUGCGCGACCUGCAGUCUGAAGCCCGACUGCUCAAAUCCUCCAUCAGAAAGCUCGAAAAGCUGGUGGAGAGAUACAAGAAGAAGGUCCAGCAGCUCCGCCUGGAGUCGGAGGAGCACCGCCUGCAGCUGGAGGCCACGCGGGAGGAGGCGCGGGAGGCGCAGGCCAGCCUGGAGGCGGAGGCCACGCGGGUGAAGCGGGAGCUGCUGGGCCGCCUCGGGGAGCUGGAGGCGCUGCCCGACCGGCUGAGGAGGGCGGAGCAGCAGCUCCGGGGCGCCGAGCGGGAGGCCGACGCCCACCGGAGGAGGAGCGAGGAGCACGGCUCGGCCCUCGCCGAGGUCAGACGCAAGGUGGAGCAGCAGGGCGCCCAGGUGGAGGCGCUGCAGCAGAGGAACCUGCUGCUGCAGGAGGAGAACAACGUUCUCAAGGAGAAGAUACACAACUCAGAGAGGCGGUUGGAGGACCUGAAGCUGGAAAACCGAGAGAUGUCCCAGGCGCUCCCGUCCAAGGAGGCGGCGGCCCGCGGCGUGCAGCAGCAGCUGGAGGAGAAGACGCGCGAGUGCAGCGCCGUGUCCAGACAGCUGCAGCAAGCUGUGGAGGACGCACAGAGACAGGUGGACGACGGCAUGCAGAGGGUUUUGGCCAAAGAGAGAGCGUCUCAGUCCAAAGCCCUGGAGCUGCAGAGCCAGCUGAGCCGGGCCAGAACCGAGCAGAGCCAGCUGCAGCGGAGCAAGGCGGAGAUGGAGCGGCGGUUCCAGAGUCAGCUGCAGAACAUGAAGGACCGGCUGGAGCAGUCGGACUCCACCAACCGCAGUCUGCAGAACUACGUCACUUUCCUCAAAACCUCGUAUGGAAACGUGUUUGGCGACUCUUUGCUCGCGAGCUGAGGAGCAUUCGUUCAUUCUCAAAGCAAAGCAGCCCCCAAAUAACAUGCAUUAACUGUUAUUUUUCACUGGAGAGUUUUAUAUUAUGUAUGAAAUGAAUAAAGAACUUUUUAAAAUGCUCAAAUUAUAGUUGCCUGAAAUGUAUUGAUAUGCCUUAAUAAAUAAUCCCUUGCAUUGCUACUCAAAGCCUCCAUCUGUCAUGUCAAAUAAAAACUGAAUGUAUAAAUACCGUUCUGAUAAACACUCUAAUUGUACUUGUAACAUUUAAUAGCUGUUUCCCUUUUUUUAUGGUAAAUCUAAAAUUCCAACUAAAUAAAAUGCGUCCUAC